UCUGUAGCAGGAAUUCCGUAUUCAUAUUUACUGGUUUCCCGUUGAGAUGCCUGAACCUGCUAAGUCCGCUCCAGCCCCGAAAAAGGGCUCCAAGAAAGCUGUGACCAAGGUACAGAAGAAAGAUGGCAAGAAACGCAAGCGGAACCGUAAAGAGAGUUACUCUAUCUAUGUGUACAAGGUCCUAAAACAGGUCCACCCGGACACGGGCAUUUCAUCCAAGGCUAUGGGCAUCAUGAACUCUUUCGUUAACGACAUUUUUGAGCGCAUCGCUGGAGAGGCGUCCCGCCUAGCGCAUUACAACAAACGCUCCACCAUUACGUCGCGGGAGAUCCAGACGGCCGUGCGCCUGCUUUUGCCCGGAGAGCUGGCUAAGCACGCAGUGUCGGAGGGCACUAAGGCCGUAACCAAGUACACUAGCUCCAAGUAAGUUGUAUUCUGGUGGACUCCUGAUUUGAAGAAUCCAAAGGCUCUUUUAAGAGCCACUUAAAUUUUGCUGAAAAAGAACUGUAAUUGCCAUGUUCCCUUCCUGAACAUUCUAAAGAUUUGUAAAAUGUCAAAGAUUAUUUUUUUCCUCUUUCCACCCCUUUCAGUUUCUCCCUUUUAUUUCCUCCCUACUCCCAAUUCCCUUUAUGUAGUGUGUAGAAUUGGAGACUAAUAUUAAGGAUAGAAAACCACAUAUAUCCAUUCCAUUUGGGAGGGAUACAGAGGGAAAUAUUUUUACUUUCAUUUUAAAAGGCUUUCUCUGCACGGUGUCUCCUUUCUCUUAGUCUUACCUUCUGUACGGCAGCCAGACUAUUGUGUAUGACCAGAUUUAAGUGAAUAUCUUACCCUUUCCUCAAAUACUCGCUAGUAAAAUUUCUAAUCCGGAAACUGGUAUCUCGAACCUUUUCCACGAAUAUUUGCUAGUAAAGGUCUAAUUUCUAAAUCAAAAA